CAAGAGCAAGAGCUACCAGUUACCGCUGCCGCCUGGCCUGACCGCCUGAGCCUGCUGCUGCUGGGCUCUCCACAGCUCGGUUUAUUGCCUUCACCCACGCUGCUGGACUCUUUGAUACGGUUUUCCACCUGUUCCUUCAUCAGUGGGGAUCCUCGAAGCCGAUCAUCGGGGUUGUCCGAAUGACUGAUCCCCACUAAUCACGUAGCCGGUAGCCCGCGCUCAGCCGCCGCGCACCGUUGCCGCGCCUACAGGUAACCGUGCACCGCGUCUGCAGGUUCCAGCCCUCGCUACAGGUUAUGUCUUCGCCCCCAGCCGCUGUGACCUCGCUAGUGUACCUCGGGCCGGCUACCACCCUGUCACUACUAAAGCCGACGCCUGCCUUCACCAGAGCUCCUGCCGCAGCCCCGCCACUCGCGGCUGCCGCCCACGCUCACCAGAGCUCCAGCCACCACGCACACUGACUUCUGCAGGCAGCCCCAUCAACCCCACAGCUGCUGCCCACCCUCGCCACUGGACCUCUGCCUAGUCCAGCCCAGGUCACCCCCGCAGCUGCUGCCCAUCCUCGCCGUUGUACCUCUGUCUAGCCGCUGCCUUAUCACUCCCGUAGCUAUCUACUGCUUUCACCAGCCUCCUGCUACCGUGGCUCCUAGUGUCAGGGCUGAUGCCUUGUACUGUUGUGGCUUCACCACUGGCACCUUCUGACACAGGUCUCUUUAGCUGCUGCUGUGGCCCUGGGUUCAUUUGCUGGCUCUUCCUGAAGUGGCACCAGACAUACCACUGCUGCUGCCCCCAGCUUCAUAACUGGUACCUCCUGAAACAGCACCCGGUCUACCGCUGCUGUGACCCCUACUUCAUCGCCAGCACCUCCUGAAGUGGCACCUGGCUUCUCCUGCCAGUGCCUCCUUACGUGACUUGGCCCCUAUAGUGCCUCCUUACGUGACUUGGCCCCUAUAGUGCCUCCUUACGUGACUUGGCCCCUAUAGUGCCUGCUGACCCUGCCCUAACACCUCCUCCAGGAUGUCGGUUGAGGUUACACAGGGUGUGGCCAGCUUCUGUGCCCCCACUUUCGUCAGUCACAAUCCGACAGUCUGGUUCACCAUCCUGGAGUGCAACUUUAAGAUCCACUGCAUAACCUCCAGCCUCAAGAAGUUUUGUCAUGCCACCUCUCUCCUGCCCUUUGAUGUCCUCUCGCAGGUCUCAAAUGCCAUCUUUAAUGCUUCCACCUCCGACUCUCCGUAUGAAGACCUUAAGACAGCCAUUUUAUCCCACCAUGAGGCUUCACUCACCAUUCUCUUUCAAAUGUUAUCGAAGGAGGAGCUUGGCAACGAAAAACCGUCUGACCUGUUACGACGCAUGAAGAGGUUGCUCGGGGACAAAUACGAGUCCUUCGACAAGGAGAGGUUCAGCCGCCUCUUCUACCAACGGCUGCCGCUUGACAUCCAGCAAAGCCUCUUCAGUGUCAAGGGCAAAAUUCCAUUGGAUGACCUGGCUAAGCUGGCAGAUGACUUCAUGGCCUCCAUCCCAGCUGCACCCCAACCAACAGCCUCAGACAUCAGUGACAAGAUUCAACAACUCACUGCUUUCAUCUCCCAGCUGGCUCUGAAGGUCAAUGCCCUUGAGGAGCAGCUCCACAACCAUAAAUGCCAACGCUCCUUAUCACCCUGGCACCACCACCAUCGCUCCAGAUCUAGGAGCAGCCCCAGACACAGCCCUGUUGUCUGCUACUACCACAAAAGGUUUGGCCAGGAUGCCCGUCAUUGCACGAAGCCAUGCACUUUUCAGGACUUGGCUUAAGUGACCACUGGAAUCAUCCCAUUUUCUAUCUUUCCUCAUACAAGUCACCCAUGAAACAUUCUCUCUGUGUUUGCUUGCAUCUCUGAGUGCAAACUAUUCUACUCUUUGUAUUUUGAAUUCAUCACUACGUCAUCCUAUCAAACUAGAAGUUACUUUAACUGUAAUAUACUUCAACAUAAUAGUAACAUGUAUUAAAACAAUCACAAUGUCAACACAGUAAUACUCAGCAGUCAGUAUAAAUUCUACAGCUCAUCCACAUUUCAGUUUUAAGAGUUAGUAUAUAGCUCCACUAAUAAAAGUCAGUCAGUUUACAAAGA